AUGCAGACGGGUGAGGCCCAGCCUGCAGGUGAGCGGCUCCCGGGGCAGGACCCAGAGCGCCGGAGUGGGGGCCGGUGUCGCCCCUCCCUGGUGGUCAGCCCUUUCUCUUCCCUCCACCGCCUCCCCCGAGGUUCUUCCUCUCGCAUCAGGAGGCGCUUCACAAUUGACAACUUUGAAAUCGGGCGACCUCUGGGCAAGGGAAAAUUCGGAAAUGUGUUCCUGGCUCGGCUCAAGGAAAGCCAUUUCAUUGUGGCCCUGAAGGUCCUCUUCAAGUCCCAAAUAGAGAAGGAAGGACUGGAGUACCAGCUGCGCAGGGAGGUUGAAAUCCAGGCUCCUCUACAACAACCAAAUAUCCUACGCCCGUACAACUACUUCCAUGAUGUGCUGGUGUACCUGAUUGUGGAAUAUGCUCUAAGGGGUGAGCUCUACAAGGAGCUGCAGAAAAACCACACAUUAGAUGAACAGCAUACAGCCACGAUAAUGGAGGAGUUGGCAGAUGCCUUGACCUACUGCCAUGACAAGAAGGUGAUUUACAGGGAUAUUAAGCCAGAGAACCUGCUCCUGAGGUUUAGGGGUGAGGUGAAGAUUGCAGAUUUUGGCUGAUCUGUGCACACCCAGUCUCUGAGGUAGGAGAAAGUGUAUGGGACUCUAGACUAUUGGUCCCCAGAAAUGAUUGAGGGAAGAACAUAUAGUGAAAAUGUGGGUCUGUGAUGUAUCAGGGUGCUCUGCUAUGAGUUGCUUGUGGGAGAUCCACCCUUCGAGAGCAGUUCCCACAGUGAAACCUAUAGACGCAUUCUCAAGGUGGAUGUGAGGUUUCCCCAUUCAGUGUCUUUAGGAGCCCGGAAUUUGAUCUCAAAGCUUCUCAGACACCAGCCCUCAGAACGGCUACCCCUAACCCAGAUCCUAGAGCACCCAUGGGUCCAGGCCCACUCUCAGAGGGUGCUGCCUCCCUAUGCUCAGAUGGCUUCCUGAGCCCUGUCUGCCUCUGUUCCUUUAUGUUUUAUUCAGGGAGCUCUCCUGCCUCUGCUAAUUCAUCUGUUAUCUUUUUUUCUUCUAAGAUGCA